ACAACAACUAUCAAGAAAACCACUUUAUUCAAGAGACCAAUGCCAAUUAGCAGCAAAAAAGCAAACAUAAUACAGAAAAUGAAUAUCCCAAACCACAAACAUCUGAAGUCCAUGAGUGUGUUAGAAGCAGAUAUGACUGACAUCAGUAUGGAAGAAGAUCUUUCAGAUAUGGAGGAUAGUCGAACCAACAGUCAGGAAUACCCAGAAACAAGAUCGAUAACAAACCUGAAGCAUAUAGAUGAAAUGGAAGAGGAAAAAAAAAAAAGAGAAAAAUAG